UCAUUCCAAUUCUCUCUCUCUCCUCUCUCUUUCCUCUUUCUCUCUCCUUUUUUUUUGCCCUAUCUGAUAGGGUUUCCUCGCUCUCCUCGUCCCCAUGAUCUUUGAUCUUCAUGUUCCUCACUUUCGGUGAUCUCAACGAAGCAGCUUUGAUCGUCUUCUUCUUCGUUUUCCUCGGAUCUUUCUUUUUUGCUCCCUUCCAGGGGUUUUUGCUUGAGGAAUCAAUCGGUUUCUGUUUCCCCCGGAGUUCUGAGCUUCAACCAUGUCUGAGAUCUUCAGCUUCGCUGGUGAAAGUGAUUUUUGCCCUCGUGGUUCGAUAUACCCAAACCCCAAGGAGACUAGCCUUUUGCUAUCGCUUGGCAGUCUCGUCGAUGUUUAUUUCCCGCCUCGCAAGAAGUCACGUGUCAGUGCACCCUUGGUUGCCAGGGCGUUCGAGCAAGAGCCAGUUUCUAUCGAUGUGCUGCCCGAUGAGUGCCUUUUCGAGAUCUUCCGGCGGAUGCCUGGGGCCCAAGAGAGGUGUGCCUGUGCUUCGGUUUCGAAGCGUUGGCUCAAUCUUCUGAGCAGCAUCCAUCAAGAUGAGCUGGAAGUUAUCAGCAACAAAGUCAAGGACGGGGCUUCCAAGGGAGAUGGUGAAGAUGAUGUUGAGUCCAAUGGAUACCUGUCCAGGAGCUUAGAAGGGAAGAAAGCAACCGAUGUCAGACUAGCUGCGAUAGCUGUUGGAACCACUGGCCGUGGGGGACUCGGCAAGCUUUCUAUCUGUGGUAACAAUUCUGCCAGCAGGGUUUCAGAUCUUGGCCUAAGGGCAAUUGGACGUGGCUGCCCUUCUCUGAGAGUUCUCUCCUUGUGGAAUCUGUCUACCAUCAGUGACAAUGGUCUCUUGGAGAUUGCCAAGGGUUGCUCCCAACUCGAGAAGCUUGACUUGUGCCGUUGCCCUACGGUCACUGACAAGGCUUUGGUCGCGAUUGCAAAGUGCUGUCCGAACAUGAGCGAGCUGUCAAUCGAGUCAUGUUCAAGUAUUGGAAACGAAUGCCUUCAAGCUGUAGCACAAUUCUGCCCCAAACUAAAGUCAGUCUCGAUCAAGAACUGCCCUCUUGUCAGGGAUCAAGGAAUCGUAUCCCUGCUGUCAAAGGCCACCUAUUCCUUGAUGAAACUAAAGCUUCAGAUGUUGAAAAUCACUGAUGUGUCUCUUGCUGUUGUUGGUCACUACGGCAUCUCGGUCGCCGAUCUUGUGCUCUCUGGAUUGCCUAAUGUGAGCGAGAAAGGGUUCUGGGUCAUGGGUAAUGGUGUCGGUCUACAAAAAUUGAAUUCAUUAACCGUCACAUCCUGUCCGGGAUUAACUGACAUGAGUCUUGAAGCUGUUGGGAAGGGCAGUCCUAACCUGAAGAAGUUGUUCCUGAGUAAAUGCCCGUUGUUAUCUGACAAUGGAUUAGUCUCUUUUGCCAAAUCUUCAUCGUCAGUGGAGAGCCUCCAACUUGAAGAGUGCCACAGGGUUACCCAAUUUGGGUUUUUUGGUUCCCUUUUGUACUGUGGUGCGAAGCUGAGGGCUUUCUCACUAGCCAACUGUUUGGGCAUUAGAGAUCUCACCACAGGAUUGCCCGUGUCAUCACCUUGCAACACCCUGCGCUCGUUAUCUAUCCGCAACUGCCCGGGCUUUGGUGAUGCCAACCUGGCUGCCCUGGGGAAGCUUUGCCCUCGCCUUCAGGAUGUUGUCUUCUGUGGACUCAAUGGGAUCACAGAUUCUGGGCUUCUGCAACUAGUCCAGACCUCCCAGCUUAGUCUUGUGAAGGUCAACCUCAGCGGUUGUUCCAAUUUGACCGACAGAGUGGUCUCUGCCAUCUCUGUUCAGAGCGAUUGGACUCUCGAAGCCUUGAACCUCGAGGGAUGCACCAAGAUCACGGAUGCCAGCCUGAUCUCAAUUGCUGAAAACUGCCAGAUCCUCAGUGACUUGGACGUGUCAAACUGUGCUGUGACUGAUUUUGGGGUCCAAGGCCUGGCUUCCUCCAACAAGCUCAGUCUUCAGAUCCUUUCCUUAUCGGGUUGCUCUAUGGUCACUGACAAGAGCAUGCCUGCCCUCGGGAAGUUGGGUAGAACCCUUUUGGGAUUGAACGUCCAGAAUUGCCAAUCAAUCUCCACUGCCAACGUGGACCUCCUGAUCGAGCAGCUUUGGAGGUGUGACAUCCUCUACUGAUUCGAUCAACGAGGUAGAAAAACUAAACUGGGAUCCACCAAGCUAGCUACUAAUUGGGGUUCCCUGUCAAAGUAUGGCUCGAAGGUUUGCUAUGCAGGUUCUCUCUUCCAGUAUUUGUCCAGUUUCGGUUUCUCGGUAUGUUAUGUCUUUUUUCAGGCUGUGUGGUCUAUGCCUUUCCUCACUCGGCUCAGCACCUGGUUCCUUUUUCCAAGUAGGCAUUAUGGCCUCCGAUUUUUUGCAGGGUUUCCGAUAAGGUACUCUGUUUUGUUUCCCCAUCGGUUAGGCCAUGGUGUCCUUGAGAAUACGGUUACCGGGUUCUGAGGCCUUAUCUCUGUGUCGGUGGUCUAUGUCUAGUCUAGAAUUCUAGUUUGUGUCGGGUCAGUUUUUGCUCGAAGGGUUUUGCGUUUAUGCUUAUGAGUCGAAGGAACGUUGUUUCGGUUAUCGUCCGUCUUUGCGGUUCAUAGAUCGGAAAAUGGCAUCUUUGGUUGGUUCGGAGGCUUAGCUUUGGCUGUUUUUUCGUGGCAAAAGUCCAUCAGAUCUCGUAGAGAACUGUCUGGCUUUUUGCUGCGACAACUCUUUUCUGUCUUUGAGGAGUUGUUUUUUUUUGUUGGUCAAGUUUUUGCCAAAGCCCUCUUGUUUUUUUUAACCAGAGGCUAUGUAAUGAUCUGAUAAACCGGAAACAGAUGUGUAGUAAUGCCCUUUUGGGAUGUUGAGUGAGUUUUACUAUGCUAUUAUUGUUAUUCAAAUGAGAGGUGUUCCUUAAA